AUGACGAUAUGCUUCUUUAUAUUACCCGGAAAUGAUAGUGCACGUUUUCAGCGAAGAAAACGUUGGAACAAAGACGAUAUAGAAAAUGCUCAAGAAUUAUUACGUGGAUUUCUUCGUCUAUCAGCUGAUAUACCACUUACGCCAAAACGUCGUUCCAAUUUUGCCUCUGGGCAUAUAAAUUAUAAAAUAAUAGAUCGGACGGAAUAUGCGAUAAAUAAACGAAUUCUUAGCGAUGUUUUUGAAACAGAUCUCGUCUUAACAACUCCUCAAAUGCGAGAUAUUAUUAGCGAUUUUCAACGAAAUAAGUUGGGAAAAACAAGAAGAAAUAAACGAAAAGUGAUUGUUGGUGACACAUUUCGAUGGCCACAUCAAACUGUCCCGUACUUUUUGAAAGAGACCGAUCGUGAAUGGAGACGUACAAUACUUGCUGGAAUGAGUAAAUGGGAACGUGAAACGUGCAUACGUUUUAAAGAACGUACCACUGAAAAGGAUUACGUGUACAUAUUUCGAGGAGCUGGAUGUUAUUCGAGUGUCGGUAGAAUUGGUGGCAAGCAAUAUACUUCCAUUGGUUACGGUUGUGAAAGCGGUGGUAUUGUUGCUCAUGAGUUAGGACAUGCGCUUGGAUUUUGGCAUGAACAAAGUCGACCGG